AUGUGUCGACGUGUUCAAAAAGAUGCUUUUCAUAAUGUGCCAAACCAAAAAAAGGAUCGGUGGGCGCGCUCACAUUCCAAACCCUCAUCACGGAACCUUUUUAAGUUUCCCCCGCCGCCGAUAAAGGUUAGUCACAAACUAGGGAGCCUGGAGGUUUCGGG